GUGAGUUCCGGUAGUUCUGAAGCCACAAUAGCUGGGAAUGACACUACUUCUGCAGAACAUGGUUCAACAAGAACCCAAGAAAGAAAUGUGGGCAAUACAGAUACAACCACCACAGCUACAACAACAACACUUCCUCCUGAACUCACAAACAACAAGAAGGAUGAUGCAGACAGCAGCAGCAGUAUCAGCAGUUCUGUGUGGGUACGUGUACCACUACUGAUUGUGGUUACACUGGCCUGUAUUCUUGUG